AUGUCUGCUAGGGUUCUUGUAGCGUUGCUGGCUGUGUCCUGCACUGUUUCUGCUCAAACAGCUCUGGAGAACCAGGCCAAGGAGUUCCUGCAGAAGUUUGAUGAAGAAGCCACUCAGCGUAUGUACCAGUAUUCGCUGGCAUCAUGGGCCUACAACACCAACAUCAACAAGGAGAACUCAGACAAACUGUCUGAAGCGGGGCAAGUAUGGGGAAAAUUCUAUGCCAACAUGUCAGAGGAGUCCCGGAAAUACCCCAUCACAGAGAUCACAGAUGCAACAAUCCAAUUACAGCUCAUCUCUCUACAAGACAGAGGCUCUGGGGCCCUGUCCCCGGACAAAGCUGCACAUUUGAGUAAGGUAAUGAGUGAGAUGAAUACGAUCUACAGCACAGCAACAGUGUGUCUGAAGGACGACCCCCUUAACUGCCAGACUUUGGAGCCAGGCCUGGAGCAUGUGAUGGCCAACAGCAGGGAUUACUCUGAGCGUCUGCAUGUGUGGGAGGGCUGGAGGAGAGAGGUGGGGAAGAGGAUGAGGCCGAUGUAUGAAGACUAUGUGGAUCUGAAGAAUGAAGCUUCCAAACUAAAUGGUUUUCAAGACUACGGAUCUUACUGGAGAUAUAACUAUGAGACCAUCGAGGAGGACCCUAAGUACAAGUACACCAGGGAUCAGCUGAUGGGAGAUGUCCGUUCUGUAUACAAAGAGAUCAUGCCCUUAUACAAGGAGCUGCAUGCCUAUGUGAGAUCCAGGCUUAUGGAGGUCUACCCAGGACACAUUGAGGCAGAAGGACCUCUGCCGGCCCACCUGUUGGGUGACAUGUGGGGAAGAUUCUGGACCAACCUGUACGUUCUGUCAACCCCUUACCCUCACAAAGAAGAUAUUGAUGUCAGCGACACUAUGGUGAAAGAGGGCUGGACUGAGAUUCGGCAGUUUAAAGAAGCAGAGAAGUUCUUCAUGUCUGUGGGCCUGUACGAGAUGUUCCCCAGCUUUUGGAAUAAAUCCAUGCUGUUAAAGCCUACAGAUGGAACAAAGGUUGUUUGCCACCCCACAGCCUGGGACAUGGGAAACAGAGAGGACUUUAGGAUCAAAAUGUGCAGCAAGAUCAACAUGGACGACUUCCUGACAGUGCACCACGAGAUGGGUCACAACCAGUACCAGAUGGCUUACCGUAACCUGUCCUACCUCCUGAGGGACGGGGCCAACGAGGGCUUCCAUGAGGCGGUCGGAGAGAUCAUGUCCCUCUCUGCUGCGACGCCCAAACACCUGAUGGGCCUCCAUCUCCUGCCUGCUAACUUUACUUAUGAUAAUGAAACAGAGAUUAACUUCCUGCUGAAACAGGCGCUCACCAUCGUGGCCACGCUGCCGUUCACCUACAUGCUGGAGGAAUGGAGGUGGCAGGUGUUUGCAGGGAACAUCACCAAGGAUAAUUGGAUGAAGCGCUUCUGGGAGAUGAAGAGGGAGCUUGUGGGGGUGGUGGAGCCAGUGCCGAGGGACGAGACCUACUGUGACCCCCCUGCUCUGUUCCAUGUUUCCGGAGACUAUUCUUUCAUCAGGUACUUCACAAGGACCAUCUACCAGUUUCAGUUCCAAAAAGCGCUCUGCCAGGAGGCCGGUCACACAGGACCUUUGUCUACAUGUGACAUCACCGAUUCUAAAGUAGCAGGAACCAAACUGAGGAAUAUGUUAGAGCUGGGAAGAUCCAAGUCCUGGACCAGGGCUUUGGAUACGAUCUCCGGGGACGCUAAGAUGGACGUCCGCCCCCUGUUGGACUAUUUCCAACCUCUCCAUGACUGGCUGAAGGUAGAGAACAAGAAAACCAACAGGAAUGUAGGCUGGAAGACACUAAUAGACCCUUAUUCAGGGAAUGCAAUCAAAGUGAGGCUGAGCUUGAAGGCUGCUAUGGGUGAUAACGCUUAUUCCUGGAACAACAAUGAGCUGUACCUGUUCAAGGCCAGUGUUGCGUACGCUUUGAGGCAGUACUACAGCCAAAAGAACCAGACCCUUCAAUUCACAGCAGAGAAUGUCCUCACGUAUCAAGAGACUCCCAGGGUCUCCUUCUACAUUGUGGUCACCGAUCCAGCAACUCCCACCACAUACAUCCCCAAGGCUGAUGUGGAGGCUGCCAUACAGUUAAGUCGAGGCCGAAUCAACGAUGCCUUCCAAUUGGAUGACAAGACGCUAGAGUUUGUGGGUAUCCUAGCAACACUGGCCCCUCCCGUGGAGCAGCCAGUGACGGUGUGGCUGGUUGUGUUCGGGGUUGUCAUGGGAGUGGUGGUGCUCGCAGGCGUCUACCUCGUCGUCUCUGGUGUCAUGGAGCGCAAAAAGAAAUCUACAAAGACAGACAGCGCGGAGAAUCCCUACGAACACGAUGGACAAACUAACAAAGCUUUUGAAGAACAUGAAGAUGAACAAACUGGACUCUGAAUCUGAUGAUAAUCAGAGGGAAGUCCUUAAUGCUCUAAAUAAAGAUCAAAUAACUACUACAAUAUGCAUUUUAAAUAUACUUCCAUGUGAAUGUACAUAUUGUUAUAUUCAUGUAUUUUGAUGCAUGAAUAUUAUACUUAUUGUAUAAACAAUAUAUAGGCCUAACAAGUCCAACCUAACAACGCUUAAAUAAUUUUGGCUGUGGAAUAAACCUUUAUGCAAUAAUGAUUGACAUUUAUCUUGUCUUUUGGACAAAAUAAUGUAUAUUAAAUAAACUGCAGUAUCAUG